AUGUCAAGCUCGCCCUCCGCUCGCCUUCGGCUUCGCGACCUUGUUCCGGGUCUCAAGGUCGGGACUUGGCCAACCGGCACCAAGAACGGCAUCACAGAUGUCUCUGGGGUCUUAGUCCAUACGGAGUCUAUCCACAGCGACGAUGGCUCUGUCAAUACUGGCGUGACGACCAUCCUCCCACGCAAGGACUGGUUCAACAAUGCGUGCUACGCCGGCAUUUUCCGGUACAACGGCUCCGGAGAGAUGACCGGCUCCCAUUGGAUCGAAGAGACGGGUCUCCUUCACAGCCCCAUUGUCCUGACAAACAGUUUCGCCGUGGGCAACUGUUACAAUGGCAUCUAUCAAUAUGCUAUUGAACACUACAGUACCGGUGGAACAGUAGACUGGUUCCUUACGCCCGUCGUAGGAGAGACCUUUGAUGGAUUUCUCAACGAUCUUACCAAGUUUGUAGUCACGCCACAACAUGUCAUCAAUGGAAUCAAUGCUGCAUCUGCCGAUCCAGUACCCGAAGGCAACACUGGCGGCGGAACGGGCAUGUUGUGUCAAGGACACAAGGGCGGCACUGGAACUUCGAGCCGAGUAGUGCCAGGCCUUGAUGGCCAGGGGAACGAGAAGAGCUACACCGUUGCAGCGCUGGUACAAGCAAACUACGGCCGAAUUCACCACCUGCACAUCACCGGCGUUCCUGUAGGACGGAUUCUCGCUGCGGAAGCACAGAAGAGCAAGGAGGCAGCCAAAGCACAGGCUGACUACGAUGCCGCCAAAGACAAGAGAGACGGAAGCAUCAUCAUCAUCCUCGCCACAGACGCUCCAUUGAGCCCCAUUCAACUUCAGCGCUUGGCUAAACGUGCCGCUGGAGGUCUGUCUCGAGUUGGUGGCUAUGGGCACAACUCUAGCGGCGACAUCUUCUUAGCUUUCAGCACAGCCAACAAGAUACCAGUGCAGACAGUCGGCUCCGAGCAUAGAGAUGUCGAUCCAUUCAAGGCUAGCCCAUUGGCGACGGAGACAGUGGAUGAUUCGACCAUCAACGCCCUGCUCGAAGCUGCCGCUGAUUCCACAGAGGAAGCUAUAUACAACGUUCUGUGCAUGGCCGAGAGCAUGACAGGACACAAAGGCUUCCAUAUUGACGCGCUGCCAUUGGAUAAAGUUAAGAGCAUCUUGGAAAAGCAUGUUGCAUUGGAGGAGGCAAUCAAGGCAGAUUUUUGA